CUCGUUCUCAAUUUUGCAGCAGCAGCAGCAGCAGCAGUAGAGACAGUAGAAGCAGUAAAAGCAGCAGCAGCAGCAGCUCAGUCGACAACUGACCAGCCAAGCACUAGCAUAUUUCCUAUUGGCCCCUUGCAACAAAAAGCCCCGAAAAUAUAUUGAAAAUUUCACAAAAAUGGUAGAAGCCAAAACUGUGAAAAACUAAAGCGAACGUCUUGAAGCCAUUAAAAAAGCGCGCCUAUUCAGUGAAUGUGUGUGUGUGCGUGAGAAUUGAUGUGUAAAAAGAACAGUGUAUUGAAAUAUCAAUAAACUAUCGAUGAUCCUUUGAAAAUUAAGAAAAAAAAUUUAAUUUUUUUUUUGUAUGUUCAAGUGAAGAAGCUGCAGGAGGAGCAUAAGAUGAAGAUGUAGCUAACAUCAAAUAUUUCGACCACUGUUAACCUAGUUUCACAUCUCAAAAAUAAAACCAAACAACAAGGACGAACUCAGACCAGCACUGGCUCCUCUGUCUUCAAUUACGCACAGCUCUACCAGUAUCUAGAGAAUAACGAGUAAAGGCUACCAAGGACUCGAGGGAAGAGAAUCGCCUGGGGCAGAGGAAGAAGCCAAUCCCCAUACUUUUCGGUUCUCCUCGGACCAGAAUCAUCACCUCCCCCAUCCCGACCCCGGCACUACCUUCCCGCUGAACCACAUACACUCUGUCCACUAUCCACUAUUCGACACCACCACACUCUGUGCAUCCAACUAUUUGGCCAACCAUUAAUCCUUGGGCGAGACCAGAGCAGCCCCAUCGCAUAACUGUGGAUAGCAGAGCAGCCGGAGCACGAGGACGACUCAUGUUACAAAAAUGAAAAAGUUCACAUUCAAAGGAGUUCUAGAUGGAUUUCGACAAAGCGUUCAGCCCCAAGCCACACGACAGGAGCAGGAGAUUCAGGAGCAACUCAAGGCCGAUCACUUUACGUUAAAGAAAACCUUUCGCCAUGGCUUUCCAUACUCGCCCACAUCCUUCGCCUUCGAUCCAGUACAAAAGCUACUAGCGAUUGGCGACAAAUCGGGCUACAUUCGCAUUUUGGGACGACCUGGCGUCGAUGCCCAUGCCAAACACGAGGGCGAAUCCGAGUGCGCCGUGCUCUUUGCCCAGUUCCUGGUCAACGAGGGCGCAUUGGUCACCGUCACCGCCGAUGACACCAUUCACUUGUGGAGCAUUCGCCAAAAGACACCGCGCAUUGUGCAGAGUCUGAAGUUUCAGAGGGAGCGCGUGACUUGCAUACACCUGCCUGUGGGCAGCAAAUGGCUGUACGUGGGCACCGAGAAGGGAAACAUACACGUUGUUCACAUAGAUACAUUUGCACUUAGUGGUUAUAUUAUUAACUGGAAUAAAGCAAUUGAAGUGGUUAGAACUAGUCAUCCAGGUGCUGUGAUUGCGUUAUGUGAUAAUCCAUUGGAUGCAAACAAGUUGCUUAUUGCAUUUGAGUGCGGGCUGCUUGUGCUGUGGGAUCUGAAGGCGAAAUGCGCUGAGCUGCGAUGGCAGGCGGCCGAGGCCGUCAAGUCCCUGGCCUGGCACUACGAGGGCAAAUAUUUUGUGUCCUCGCACACGGAUGGCUCCAUUUGCUCCUGGCCCACGAAGCCGCAGGCUAAGCCGCAGUCGCAGGUCUGUCCGCAUGCUAAAAUCAACAAGGAUGGCAAUGCGGAGAAAUGCAAGCCGAUAUAUAAAGUUGACUUGAAGUCCAGCGCAACUGGGGAAACCUUCACAAUUUUCUCGGGCGGCAUGCCCUCGGAGAAGGGCUCCAAGUCCAACUGCAUCACGGUGAUGGUGGGCAAGGCCACCACGGUGCUGGAGAUGGAGCACGCCGUUUGCGAUUUCAUAACACUCUGCGAGAAUCCCUGGCCCUGCGAGACCCAGGAGCCGUAUGCUAUUGCCGUGCUGUUGCAAUACGACUUAGUAUUAAUAGACUUAUUAACACCCGGUUUUCCAUGUUUUGAAUCGCCUUAUCCAAUGGACUUACACGAAUCACCUGUUACAUGUUGCACAUAUUUAACCGAUUGCCCAUCGGAUUUGGUUCCUGCUUUCUAUUCAGUUGGUCGCACAACGACAAGUAAAAAGAGCUGCUUCUCGGAGCGCGAAUGGCCGAUAUCCGGUGGCGAGUGGUCGCCGGCGUCGUGCAGCUAUUCGGAGAUCGUGAUCACCGGACACCAGGACGGCAGCCUCAAGUUCUGGGAUUCCGGUGCCGGCACACUGCAGAUCCUCUAUAAGCUGAAGACAGCCAAGAUGUUCGAGAAGCCGCGCUCCCACGUCGCCCACUCGCAUCCGGAAAGCGACAAUCCGCUGGCGGUGCACCUAAUCUUCCUUUGCUCGGAAUCGCGACGCCUGUGUGUGGCCGGCGCCAUGGGACAGGUGAUGCUCUUCAAGUUCCGCAAAGUGGAGUCCACGUCGGAGGUACUGGUGCUGGAGAUACCCAUACUCUAUGAGAAUUUUGAUGACAUUUAUGGGACAAGUCCCGAGUGCGAUUUUCUAACGGGCCAUCAAGUGCAGAAGGCUGAGUCGAGUGAUUCGGAUAAGACGGCCGAGUGUUCGCUAAAGGUGCGCAAUGGGGCGCAACGCAAGCCGCCGGGCUUCCAGUCGCAGCUGGUCUGCCUCACCACCGGACCAAAUCGCCGGAACGUGCAGGUCACCUCGCUGUGCAUCAGCUCCAGUUAUGGCCUAAUGGCUUAUGGUACCGAAUAUGGACUUGUCAUAAUUGAUAUAAUCCAAAAAAUUUGCCUAUUGAGUGUUGCAUGCCCCGAUCUGUAUGGCGCACAUGAUCCUUACUCGCGAACACCAAAAAGUCCAAAACGUAUUGAAAACAAAGAGGAGCAAAGCCGAUCGCCCAGCUCAGAUCAGCUGAACGACACGACCAGUCCGGAUAGUCCGUCUCUCGAAUUUGUACCGGAGGCUGGCGAAACAUCGGCCCACGAUGGCGUGGCGACGGCAACUAGCUCACGUCCCAGUUCACCGGACCCGGUGGUGAACAGUGCUCGUGAAACGCUGCUCAGCGGAUCGGCAGCGGCAACGGCGGCUGCGGCAGCAUCGGCGGCUGUCAUGAUGGCCAAGAGUCCCCAGCGGGAUGAUGCAGCUCCCAAGGAGCUGCAGGACAGACGAAAGUCCAUGUCCUGGAAAACGUUCAAUUUGAAGCGUCAAUUAUCGAAAGUCAAUAUGAAGAUCGGCGGCCUGAAUGUCAAUACCGAUAUGGAGUCGCUAAAGAAUAGCUCCAUUUUCUACACGCCCAAGGAGGUGUCACCGGAGGCUGCUACGCCACCGGCAACAGAAGAGGAGGCAACGCCGGAGGGCAAGGAGGACGAGUCCCUGGAUGAUGGCGAAAUGGCGACCAACGCGGGAGCAGCAGCAGCUGCAUCACCAUCGCCGGCAGUUCGUGGCAAAUUUCGCUCAUCCACCACGGAUUCACCUGAUGAGGGCGCCAGCAGUAGCAUUGCCAGCGGCAUUCGUCGUGUGGACUUUGAACAGCCGGCUGGGGUCGAGGUGGAGCGACCAAACAACCUGCCACUGGCGGAUGCACCAGCUCCACUGAAGCCCGCCCGUCAAAAGUUCAAGGAAAAGUCGCGCGAUCAGCGACUUUUAUCCGUUCCGAACAUUAAGUAUCAGCCGCGAGAUUCGCGUGGCGGUGCUCGGAACCUCAAGAAUGAUGUCUCACCGCUGAUGGGCGGUGGUGGCGGUGGAGGAGGCGUUGUUGGUGCCAGCAGCGGCAUUGGUGGAAGCGUCGCUGGAGGCAAGAAGAUACAUAAAUUGGAUGGAACUUUCUCAAGAUCCAGAUCAUCGUCAAUGUCCAGCAUUGAUAUGUCUUCCUCUGAAUCUGUUACCUGUUUAGCUUUUAUCGAGAGUUAUGCAAAACGAAAUGAUAUUUUGACACUUGUUCCUACUUUGUGGAUUGGAACUAGUUUCGGUUCGAUACUGACAUUGUUCAUCACCAUGCCCGAGCGAGAUGUGCGCAAAUCUCAGCCAGUAUUGAUAACAAUAAAUGGUGGCCCCGUGGUACGACUCAAAGGAUCCAUAACUUCCAUGUCUUUUUUAGACUCAUACGGUUCGAUCAUACCCUAUACGUUUGAGACCUGGCGUGACGAGAAGAGGGACAACAAAGAUCGCACACCAACAAAGAGCAGCAGCCGCACCAGUCCCACAUUCACACCGACAACUGCCAAUACAUUAUCAAACACUUCGGUCGCGGGUGGUGCGUCCGCAGGCGGAGGAGCUGGCGGCGGUGGUGGUGCCGGCGGUGGUGCGGCCAGCGGUGGCGCAGCCGCAGGAGGGCCAGCCGGCGGUGGUGCCGGAGCAGGAUCGGCGGCUGGAGCGGCCGGCGGCGUUGGAAGCGGUGUAACCAGCGGCGGGGGGAUGAGCAGCAGCAGCGCCAGCAGCAGCGGCAUCAGCGGAAGUGUGAGCACCGGCCUGGAAACUCUCACCGAUCGACAAUACAUCGUUAUCGCAAGCGAGAAGCAAACAAAAGUCUUCGAUGUCGCCAACCAGUGCUGCAUCAACCGCAUACAAUUAUCGGAAAUGGAUUUUGCAGUCAAGGCAGAAACUAUCACGAUGAAAGAUGGCUCUUGCUUAGCAACCUAUCUUUCGAAUGGCCAUCUAAUGGUACAUAGUCUUCCUAGUCUAAAACUGUUAUUGGAUACUGAUUUCUUACCACUUAUGGAACUAAGUUUUCAAACAAAAUGUAAACAGGGAAUUGUGGAUCCAAUGCUUUCGAUAUGGGGUCAACAGAUCAUUGUUCAUGAAGAUACAACUCAAAUAUCAAAAAUAUUUUGCUUUAGUCAUAAAGGUCAUGGAUUGUACAUGGCAUCGCCCACCGAAAUUCAAAAAUUCACGAUAUCAUCGGAAUUUUGUCAAUUUAUUUUGGAGAUGAUGGGUGAACUAUAUACGGUACACGAAAUGCCCGAACAGCCGAAGGAGGGUUUCUUCAAGGGUCUAUUUGGUGGUGGCGCCAAACUCCUGGAUCGCGAGGAGCUAUUUGGCGAGCAGAGCGGGAAACCGAAUCGAUCGGUGGCACGGCACAUACCCGGCCCCAAUUUGGAGCAGCUCGGCCAGAGGGCUUCCACCGCCGCAUCGGAGAUCAGCCGGGCGCACCAGCUGGCCAUGGAGCGCGGCGAGAAGCUAAAUUUGCUGGAGGAGCGCGCCGAGCGCAUGGCCAACACUGCUCAAGAUUUCAGCGGCACUGCGCAUCAAUUAAUGCUUAAAUAUAAAGACAAGAAGUGGUAUCAGUUGUAAAAUAUCUAUUUUAGGAGCCAAUUCUACCACAGUUAUUGUAAUAUUGCUUUUAUAACACUUUCUACUACAUUACGAGUAAAGUACACUUAUUUAAUUUCUGUUUUCAAGUCGUCACGUUAUUUACAAAAACCGAAAACCAACAAAAAAAAACAACAAAAACCGAAAAUUCACAAAAACAAAAAAACUGAAAGAGAAAACCCAACCAAAAAAAAACUGUUUUUAAUAAAAAUAUAUAGACC